GGUUGACGAGUAUUGGAGGCGGGAUUUUACUGAGGAAGAUGUAGCUGCGGUCAUGGCUCCCAGACCGCGUAUCCCAGUGCAAUAGUAAAUAACUUCAAUGAAAGGAAAUGCAUUGCAUCUGUUUAUAGCAGAGAAACGCAUUUUUAAAGAUACAUAUAUUGCAAUUUUAAUUUAUAACUGUAGCCUUUUAAAUCUCCCUUAUAUGCGAGCGAGCUAUGGAUGUGCAGGUUGCAAACCAUUGCAGCAUCAAGUCUGCAGCGAAACCGAGCAGCCCGCAGAAUUCAGCUGAAUGCGGGAAAGAAAACGCACCAAAGAAGAAAUCCCGAACGAGAAGAGGCAAAAGAGGGAAGCGACGGAGGGGCAAGAAGGCCAACGAGCCUCCGCCGUUUCUACCACCGGAGGCUGAAGAGGGAAACAUUGAAUACAAGUUGAAGCUGGUAAACCCCACGCAGUAUCGCUUUGAACACUUGGCCACGCAGUUGAAAUGGCGACUGCAGGAGGGCCGGGGGGAGGCGGUGUAUCAGAUUGGGGUGGAGGAUAAUGGUCUGCUGGUUGGACUUACAGAAGAAGAUAUGAAAGCAUCGCUUAAGACUCUUCGCAGAAUGGCCGAAAAGGUUGGAGCUGAUAUCACACUCCUGAGAGAGAGGGAGGUGGACUGCGACAGAGCUCGACGGAAAAUCGCAGAAGUUCUUGUGAGGAAAGUUCCAGAUGACCAGCAGUUCCUGGAUCUUCGUGUGGCUGUUCUGGGUAACGUGGACUCAGGGAAGUCAACUCUGCUGGGGGUGUUGACACAAGGCGAGCUGGAUAACGGACGUGGUAGGGCAAGACUCAACCUCUUUAGACAUCUGCAUGAGAUUCAAACCGGACGCACGUCCAGCAUCAGUUUUGAGAUCCUUGGCUUCAACAGCAAAGGAGAGGUCGUAAACUACAGUGACUCCCGUACAGCAGAGGAGAUUUGUGAGAGCUCUUCUAAGAUGAUCACAUUUAUUGAUCUCGCUGGUCAUUAUAAGUACUUGAAGACCACCAUAUUUGGCUUGACAAGCUACUGUCCAGACUUUGCCAUGCUGGUGGUGGGAGCCAAUACUGGCAUUGCUGGCACAACCAGGGAGCACCUGGGUUUGGCGAUGGCGCUGAAGGUGCCCAUAUUCAUCGUUGUGAGUAAAGUGGACCUCUGUGGAAAAAGCACAGUGGAGAAAACGGUCCGUCAGCUGGAGAGAGUGCUCAAACAGCCCGGUUGCAACAAGGUCCCCAUGGUGGUGGCCAACCCUGAUGAUGCUGUCACUGCUGCACAGCAGUUCGCACAAUCCUCCAGUGUGACGCCCAUCUUCACCCUCUCCAGUGUAUCUGGGGAGAAUCUGGACCUUUUGAAGGUCUUUUUCAACAUUCUUCCUCCUCUGAGCAACAGCAAAGAGCAAGAGGAGCUCAUGCAGCAGCUCACGGAGUUCCAGGUGGAUGAGAUUUACAGUGUUCCUGACGUAGGGACAGUGGUUGGUGGAACACUGUACAGUGGUGUGUGUCGUGAAGGAGACCGACUGGUUGUGGGUCCCACCGAUGAUGGGAGGUUCCUGAGGUUGAAGGUGUGCAGUAUUCACAGGAAUCGCUCUGGCUGCCGCGUGCUGAGAGCCGGACAGGCUGCCACGCUUGCGCUUGGGAACUUCGAUCGCUCUUUACUGCGAAAGGGUAUGGUCAUGGUGAGUCCUAAAAUGAACCCUACAAUUUGCUGGCAGUUUGAGGCCGCCAUUGUCCUCCUGUUCCACGCCAAGACUUUCCGCCGUGGUUUCCAGGUCACAGUGCAUGUGGGGAACGUGAGGCAGACAGCCACUGUGGAGUGCCUCCUUGGGAAGGAGGAGCUGCGGACAGGAGAGAGAGCCGUAGUGUGUUUCAGAUUCUUGAAGCACCCCGAAUACUUGCGCGUGGGAGCCAAACUGCUCUUUAGAGAGGGGGUGACCAAAGGCAUUGGACACGUGACGCACCUCCUACCCUCCACCCAGAACCACGUGCCUGAUCAGAACCGCAACCAGAACCAUAGUUAGACAUGGCGGGAGUGAGACCAUAAGUCAAAAGAGGACAUUUGAUUGCAGAUGCAGUCACUUCCUGUCCUUGCCUUGAGUUUGCAUCCCCUAGUUUUAUCAUGCACCUUUCAUUUCCACUCAGAUUGUAGAUUUGCCUAUAUUAAUUGCAGAUUUGCCUGUGUGUAAAUGCUCUCGGUUCCUGUGACAUUUGGAGGGUUGUGGUACAGUGAUUUAAUGAUUAGAGUUUAUGUCUGCUGGGUGUAAUGGUGCUUGGAACCCUCUCCUAUUUUCGCACACCUUACAUUAAAGCUGGCUGACCUUGAGUGAAGCAUGUGGGAUUUCAAGUCACAAGGUUUGGUAUCUGGAGCAGAUUUCUGCAGGAAAAACUCCUGUCUGCAGACUGCUUUAUAGAUGGGAGAACAAUCGUAACAUCGGAAAAUUAGUUUUGUCAGCAGUAGUAUUACUUCUUCAGGAUCCUCUGUAGUAUUACAUACGUACAGCAAAUCUGGUGCACACUUUGAAUUGGAUUCUUUUUUUUAAACAAAGAUUUACACAGAAAGGUUGGAAGCAAGAAUCUUAGUGUAGACCUUAAACCCAAAGUAUAAUUCAGUUUUGAUGGGAACGCACUGGCAGAGUGUGCGCUAUUUUUUGUUCUGACCAAAUAAAAAUGUUGUACUUUUUUAAACUAGAUUUUGUCAGGUAUCUAUUAACCCCCUCAAAAAAACCCUAGCUCAAAAAUAUUUUGAUCUGUUGACUGUGCACAGGCCAUGGAAGGUGUUCAGCUUCACUUUCAUGUUCAUUCAAACAAUUCUGUCACAAGUCUUGCUGUGUGUUUUGGUGCAUUAUCAUGCUAACACAUGCCACCCCCUUCAGGGUACAAUGUUCGAACCAUUAGGUCCAGUAAUCCUCGGCAGUGAUGCACCCGUCAAGCACAGUAGGGAAUGCCAUGAUAUUGCAGCCCAAACUUCACGGAUCCACCCCUGUGCUACACAGAAAAAUCAGGCUGUGCGCAUACAGUGCACAUGAUGUAAAUUUCAUAAUAGUUUACGAAUAAAACCCAAGUAUACUCUGGGCUUUAAUCUGAGCUCACACUAUGAUUUUUAUGGUCCUUUAUGGUUGUUGCUUGUCAAAGUGUACAAUAUUGUAGUGCAGAGUUUGGUUCCAGUUGUCCUGUUGCCUGCUUGUAAGAGCUGUUGUAAUGAUGUGGCAAAAUGUUGGACACUGCCAGAACUUUGUUGGAGACUAAAAUUUUGUUGGAAAGGCAAUUUGUAAACAUUGGUGAACAUAUGUUACAUUAAGUGAUCAAAGUCUGACAAUUUUGCCCAAUUAAAAUAUUGAAUGAUUCCCAAAAA